AUGCUUGGUCAUUCGACUGGACCGCCUAGUUGGCUGAAGGGUGCCCAUACAGGGCUUGCCGCUACGGCAGGGGAAGAGGUGAGGGCGGUAGCUUCGGCCCUUAUCGAUCACUUGAUGUUCGCUGGCCGGCUUAAGCCAGUUUUGCUCGAUCUGAUCUCGUAUUCAUGCCACCAGCCCGCCCAAAAUGCUAUAGGCAGAAUGACAUUAUCGACAAAGACAGGGGAGACUGGAAUGGCCCUUUUGGGGCACAUUAGCCGUCGUCAGCCAGCCAAGCCCAACCCCGAAGUGUGCAACAUCUGGGGCUCGAACCCCCAACCUGGUGGUUAGAAUUCUAACGCCCUAACUCCUGAGCCGGGGACUCGUUGUCCUUCCGGCUGCGAUCGGUUAGAUGGGAGCGCAUAGAUCGCGUCACGGAACUUACUCAUCCUGUUAUGUCUCAGUGGUUAGAGGCCUUGGACUUCCAACCAACAGGUCGCGGGAUCGAGCCCCAGGUGUCCCACACCUCGGGGUUGGGUAUGACUGACUAACGACGGCAAAUAAGCCAGGAAUGUUCAUUCCAGUCUCCCUUGUCUUUGUCGGUAAUGUUAUAAACAACACUUUCAGUGAAAACGUUGUUCUCUAAACGUUUAUUUUCUUCAAAAGCUCCCCGUCGCCGUCGUCAGCUGAGAGCCUUAUCUGUUAGUAAACAUAAAUGGUCUUACACAAAUAAAAGUGACGAAAUGGCAAGUCAGUUCAGAAGUCUCAAAAUUUUCUUCACAGGUGACAAUUCUUUCACUUUCAGAUUUCUUCACAAAUGGCAUUUUCAGGGAAUUUAUCCGUUCAACGGGCUUUCGCAAGGUUAUCGCUGGGAAGGUUAACAGAGUUGCCACUCAGGUUGUAGAAGUAUAUUUUAAAAGCGCCUCUAAAGCACGAAAACGUUUGGUUCUUUGAGUCCCCCAGUUUGGAACAGAGCUCGAGCUCUAAGACCUUCCGUCUUCAAAUACUCAUAUCUGUCUUCAAAUGCGCCCGUGGAAACUUCCAAAAGCAAGCUGACUAAUUUGAACAAAGCAAACGUCACAAAUGAAGCAGAUUGUAUAUGUGUCGAAGACUGUCAACACCUCUCGCUCACGUAUCCGGAGUCGUCGCAUAGAUACAGGACUGGGUUCGCGGCUUGUGGAAGCAGUACGGAAAAUUAAAAUGGUAUAAGAUGGCUUGAUCGCAGGAAGGAACCCGAUUAAAAUGAUAUCUCGUAAUUUGAUGACGCCACUGAAUUGACCUUUACUCGCAAUCUCGGCCUUCACAACAGUUAAUGAUUAUCCUCAUCUAUGAAUGACGCAAGCCUUGUAGUCAUCUGAUGGAUUCUAGGUGAAUUACUUAGGAAAUCCUGCCUGGACAGUCAACCUACUGUAUCAGAUUUGGUGGAUUCCAGACGUCGCGGUAGGUUGGGUGCGUAUACUUGACCCAAAUGUGAUUAAACUCGCGACGUCCAGCGGGGCCUCUUAGCUCAGGUGGUUAGGGCGUUGGCUGUACCAAGGCCUUCUCCAUACUGCGUGGGUUCGAAUCCCACCGAGGCGCCGAGUUUUUCACGGCUGGGUCAAUAUGAAUUAUUUAAAAUCUGCCAAACCAUCUAUGAAUAUCCUCAUAUUCGACGAAGUAGUUGCUCUUCGUCUUCCAGCUGUUUAUUAUCUAGUCCAGGAGGUUUCCACGCAUCUAGCUGCCAACCAGAGUGGGCAUAUCGUUCAGGAAAGAAUACCGACAAUGGGACGGGCACGUCUCUAUUGCCCUUCCACCAUAGUCAGUAUUCCCGAUCACAACCGACUGGACAACAACUCCGUGGCGCAAUCGCACAGCUUCGGACCAGUUGUCGCUUGCUGCACAAAAAACCCGGCCUCGAAUUCCAGACCAUGCAGACCUGUGUUGGGUAUGUCUGACAGAUGACGGCUGAUAAGCCAGAAACGGCCAUACCAGUCUCUCCUGUAUCGGUCAGUAUUCCUUCCGGCACCUGCCACUGUUCGCUAUGCGACUACCUGCGAAAGUUCAAGACAGAGCUCCACCUGAUCGGUGGUGAACGUCCUUCCACUAUAAAAUUUAGUUCAGACAUUUCUGAAGAAAUAUUGCGUGAUUCGGCCUUUUCGACAGUCGCUCGAGGUUUGUCAGUCCUCGUUGGCGUCACUGUUGAGCGUAAUGUCAACAGCAGUUGGAACGUUCGCACUCAUCGUCUUCAGUAAGGAUCCUGCCUCAAAGUCAUUUUUAUGCAGAUCAUUUUUUGAGCAGAUCGUGCAUGCUCAGUAACGAAGCGGGGAUUCACACAUCCCGUUGUGCCUUUUGGCUCUCCCUCGAGUCACGCCAACAGCUGCACAGCAGCGCGUAAUACAGACAGAGCAGCAUUACCAACAAAGACAAGGGGGGACUAGAGUGCCGUCUCCGGCUCGUAACGCGACGGGUGUAUCCCCCUCUUCCAGGCUAUAUUGUCUGUGAUGUAGGUUUACUUGCCGACAAACUACGCCUAUCUUCUCCUGUUUUGCUUUAUCCUCCAGGUGGAAGGCGCGAAGGAGGAGCCGCCCCUGCCUGAACCCCCAGAACCUCAGCAGUCUGUUCCGCUAGUGAGCGAUCUCCUGUCCUACUACUUCAGUCUCUGCAACCAGAACAGGAAGGAGGAGGAGGAGGAGGGGCAGGGGAAUGCGACGGCAGCAAGCAAAACCGAAACCAUCAACCAUGACCUGCAGUGCAGCAGUUCCAGCGACUCACGUCUGGCUGCCUUUCCCUGUCUAAAACCCCUCCAAGAGGGUUUCACCAUUGAAACGCCGACUGAUCUCCUGGCUGCCAUCAAGCACCAACAGUGGACCCUGCUUGCCACACUGUCCUCCUCAAGUCUGGCCAACCUACUCACCGAGAGCCAGCCCAGCAAUGGAGGCGACGCUGUUAUGGCACCUCCGAUGGAACCCCGAGGGGGCGCACAGAGUCCCCUAGUGGCGGCCAUCAUCGCCGGUGAGGGCAGACCCUACCUGCUGCAACGUCUGCUGGACUGUGGUGGUGAUCCCAACUUUGUGGACCCCCUGUCGGGUUGGCCUUUGCUUGUGAUUGCUGCCUACUUUGGUCGAAUUCAGGCGGCGCAGGUGUUGCUGGAGGCCAACGCGCAUCCCAACGCUGCGGUGACUGUGAAUGGUCGGUGGAUGACAGCUCUGGCCGUUGCCAUCACUGCCGGGGAUGUGGAUAUGGCCAGCUUGCUCAUCCUCUAUGGGGCGAACUUUUACAAUGUACGUUUACCCCUUUCUGAACCUCCUCCUUGUUAUCGUCUUAUUCGCCCCGCCUUCAUCACCUGCAUAAUUGUUAUUAAGUUAGGCAUCUCCGAAAAUUAUUAAUUCAAGACUGAUGCAUAAAUGCACAGCGCUGAUGGUAACAGUUUAUUGUACCUGUUACAUGAUCACUGGAACUAGGGCCUUAUUCGCCGGACGUUUCAGAUUCCGGCUCGAACCUAUCAUCGGAGACAAUAGCAGAUGCGGGUAUUUCAUGCACAAUGAACUGCAGGAUGCAGUCGCCAUGCUACCGCACGGCUCCCCCCUUAAUCAGGGAUUGUUGCACUUGGUGUAAUGAUUGUUUGAUAGCCGACAUUCGCGUUGCUAAUCCCUGCAAUUUCGUUACGGGUGUUGGAUGUUGGUGUGAUGGUUGCUCAGCCAUCUGACCCACAGUGUUCGUCUGUGCGCUCCCCGCGUAAAUGAUUACUCCGCCUAGGCGAAGUCGCAGCACCGAAUGUGUAAGGGGAAGGUCGUUGCACUUGCUAAUAGACUGGGGAGCAGUGUGCCAUGACGCAAGCAGCUCGCGGCUUGCGCGAUUGUCACCUCUUGCGAGAAUUUUGGCCUCAUCAAAUUUAAAUGUGUGGCCGGAUCUCGUCAAAUAAGCCACAACUUGAGAGCUGGUAUCAUUUAUACGCACUGCUGCCACGUGCUCGGCCAUUCACUGUCGGGGCAGUCUUCCGGUUUCUCCGACGUACUUGCUUUGUUCGCAACUGCACCAGAUCCGAUAAACUACCACAGACGUUUCUAGCCCUGGUAGUAGGUCUUUCAGUCUCAUUACCUGACGCCUGAUGGUUGCCUCCGGUCUGUGUGUAACUCCAACCCCAAGUGGUGCGAGAAGGCGACCGACAGCUUCCGAAAACGUUCUUGACAUACGGAAGCGCUCGCCAAAAUUUGGUGUCCGUACGGUUUGGCCUUUCGUUCCUUUUGCGUAUGCACCGUUUGACGAAGUUGCGCGGCUAUCUAUUGGCUUUGGAGACCAGCCGGAGGUAUUUUAGUUCGUCAAACUUGUCUUCGGGCUCACUGCAGUGCGUUUCGACACGCCGAUAGAGCGUCCUUACACAACUGCGUUUGUGGCUGAUUGGGUGGUUGCUGUUGAAGUUCAGGACUUGCAUCGUAUUUGUCGCAUUUCUCAACACUUGGGUCUUAAGGCCACCAAAUUUUUGCGGCAUACGAGGACAUCCAGGAAGGCCAGCUGGUUGUUCUCUUCCUCCUCCAUUGUAAUUUAUAUGUCCAGGAAGACUGCAUUCAGACGUUCCUUGAAUGUCAGCAGUUGAUCCCGGUCGAUAACGACGAAGGUAUCAUCCACAUACCGGACCCAGAACUUCCGUCUGUGGUGUUGGAAGACCAGCGACUCUGACCGUUGCAGGACCGCCUCGGCGAUGAAUUCCGAAAUCGGCGAACCUAUUGGUAUGCCCUUCACCUGUUCGUAGAUUGUCCUGUCGAACGUGAAGUACGUCCUGAGACAGAACUUCAGGAGCUGAAGGUCUUGGGCGCGUCCAAGACGAUUCUCCGUUUCAUCGUAUUUGCUUUGUAGAAGCAGUUAGAUUGUCAUAAUCGCCAGGUCCUGGGGAUUUAUUUGUCAUUUUCCUGAACAUUUUAGCCUUGAGGUCGUCACAGUAUUUGCGACAUACAAGGACACCCAGUAAGGUCCGCUGGCUUUUUCCUUUCUCCCCCAUCCUACGGACGUACAAUUUACGACACAAAGGACAUUAGUUAGGCGGACGGAAGGGAUGAGCGGAAUAUCCAAAGAUAUAUUGUGUGGUUUGUCUCGCUCUCUAGCCAAACGCCCCUGAUGCGCUUUUAAACUACUCCAUGUAUUGCCCUCUUGUCGGAUUUAACCCUUUGAGUUUACUGCGGACUCUAUAUCGCCGGCGUAUCGAACAGAAGGCGAUAAUUUAGACGCCCUAUAGUUCAGUUCAGUACAGUUCAGUAUGUUUAAGGGUAAUAGACGAUGUCUUGGUUAUCGAGUUAUGGGUAAGAUGUGAUUUGGUAGCCCCACGUGGUGGACACAAUACCGUUAGGGUUUGGGUUAAGGGUUAGGGGCUUUGGUUAGGGUUAGGUCGGGGUUAGGGGUUAGCGCAACUAUUUCUCACACAUCCAAAGUACAACCGCGCAUUACCAAUAGCUAGAAUUAUUGAUCAUGACAAGUUUUGUAUGAAUUAAAGCUAAUGUACUUCUUUUGUACGGCAUUGUACUCGCUUUCUGACUAUUAUAUCCUGGAGGAAUGCCUAUUUUAAUUAGCGUGUCAGGAACACGUCACAUGGUUUGAAAUGCAUACUGCCGCAUCUCUACUGUUAACAUGACGGUCAAAAGUCAUCGCGGCACUCAUGUAUCCUGGUGAUGCCCUGCCACUAACCAGUAAACAUGCCGUUUGCUUAAAAAGGCUUUCAAAUAGAAAAUAAAUGCAAUUGUGUAAUUAUUUACCAUACUGACAAUACAGAUACUAUCUAAAGGCUUUUAGCUAUUACCUGUGUAUACUGCGGGCUGCCUAUUGGCGGUUUGUGAAUAUUAAACGAUUAUUCCGCAGUAGCUCAUGGAUUUCAGCUCAAAUAUUCAUAUCAAACUUUGGACCGUGCCUGAAAAGGCACGCUUCGGAUGAUUUACCCCAAGUUCGCGCAUUAAUUUCCUCGGAAAUAAAACAAGGCAAAGAAAGAAAUAUCUACCUGACUUGUGGUUUUGAUCGGCAUGGAAUGUUGUUCAAAUGUAAUUAAUUUUGCUGGGGAUUUUUUCAAUUUUUAAUAUUAAUCACAAUCGCGUAAGUAAUUUGUAUCUUGUUCGAGAGGUUGGCGGCGCUAGUAUGUAUAUUCCUUAUUUUGACGACAGGCACAAGUAGACUGGGAGGGUUAAAAGUCCUCAUACUCGUCAUAAAAUUCAAACGCACUUUUCUCUGAAGGAGCAAAUUUCAGAUCGCUGUAAUAUGCUUAGAUUGAUGCGAGUUUCGAAGAUCAGUAGUAAAGGCCCAUGCUAGUUUUAGGGCGACCUGUUUUACAGUGGUCUGUUGUCUUUCUCGAAGGCAGGCGUAAUAAAAGCAUCGCAGCAGUUUGUGAACACCGGGUUAUUUCCGGAUUUGAACCGAGAAGUCAUGCACUCAGUCAGCCGAUUAAGUCGGUUGGAGGGGAGUGCUUUGACACUUCCGGCUUUGCUGUCGCACUAACACGUCUACAUAGAUGCGUGAUCAUACUACUAAAAUAGUAUUAGUAACGCAGUUUUUUCGUUUUAUUGCACCUACCAUGCGUUAAAUAGGCACUGCAUGUUACCCUCAAACAUGGUUUGCCUGUUGUUAUCGAUGCUGCACGAGCAAUGGGUGAUACGUCCAGAUGUGUCCGAGUUGGCCAGUGAGUAUCGUAGGCCGCAGGAACAGGUGGGAUGGGUAAGGGGGCGGCGGUUCUUGGUCCGUCUCGUGAUGCUGUUUUCAUGCAGAAAACUGCUCUAAGGAAUGUCUUAAACGCAUGAAUCAUAUCCUUGUGAGAGCCCCCCCCCACUGGGUUUUAACAGCGCUUAAGACAGCCCUUCGUUUUACGGCACAUUAGCCUUGUUGGAACGGGGACAUUUGGCAUCUAAUUCCGUGAAACCUAACUCCUAAGUCCACAUCAAUUCGGCAAUCACGGUGACUGUUUUUUCCAACCCAGAAUUAACAAAUGCUGCUCUGCAAACUCACCGUUUCUUGUCAUAGUUACUAACCCCAGAUGCGUUGGUGAGUGUUUAUUCCUGUGAGAUUUGCUCUGUGUGACUUUGACAUUGCCUGAUAUGAUAGACUCAUCUUUCGACCCAAUAGGUUGAGGAAAACACAACAGCAAUGAAACUAAUCAUGACAAUCCUGAGAGCCAUCACCUCUGGCUGCGAAGAAUCCCCUUCGAACAAACCAGCCUCCUCCUCCUCCUCCAACUACGGCGGCGGCGCCGCCGUUAGUAACUGUGGCACCACUAUAACCGUUUACGGCACUCGGCUCAACGAGGAUGGCGCCUCCUCCUCCUCACUGGCCGACCGAUUCCCCAUCAGCCGCCUGCACCGGCGCGUCAGCAGUGGCUUCGUUCUCCCUCCGCCACGACCGUCUGCGGACAUCCUUCUGCCACGCUCUCCCUACGACCACCUAGUGCCGCCCGCCAACAGCACCACUUCGGCGCAUCAGCUCUGUCCCUCCGCUCCUCCCAAGGCCGCUUGGGAGACCACCAAUCGCCUGCCCUCGGCGGCUGCGUUGAGUCGCAUCUACGAGGUCAUUGCCUGUCACCAUGCGCGUCUUUCCCUGGCCGUGGACACACUCCUGCGUCGUUGGCUCAUCUCCACUGGUCUGGUUCAGGAUGCGGUCAUCAUGCCCUGUCAGUGGAUCACGGUGCAGCAGAGGGAGUUCUCACUCGCCUUCUGCACGCCGACGCCUCUGGCGGACGAGAGUGUACUCCUCCUUCUUCUCAUUCACGGUGUGGUUACGCCCCCGGGCUGCUAUCACGUCUGGAUGCAGGAUGAUGGUCCCUGCUAUGUGCAGGAGGUGUUGCUGGGUGCCUGCCAUCAGCAGAAAGCCCUCGGUCGACAGAAGUUCGUCACCACUCUCUUCCCUCUGGCUCGUGGACCGGUGAAGCAGACGGUCACUGUACGUCUGUUGCCCACGGAGGACCGUCAGAGUCGUAGGGUCUGUAUAGCCGCGUCAGUCAUUUCUGUGAAACGUCGUCGCGCUCCCAGUGAGCGGGCUUGA